AUGUCAGGAGGAAAGAGAGUCACAAUUAUUGCCGUAGCUGUGAUGCUAUGCGUCCUUCUUCAAACCAGCAUUUCAAAAGCAGCUACAAUUCCUGCUGGUGGUGCUAAUGGUUGGGGUUUCAACAUGAAUGGUUGGCCUAAUGGCCAGACUUUCAAGGUUGGCGAUGUCAUUGAAUUUAAAUACAUGGCUGGGAUGCACAACGUUGUGAAAGUGAGCAAGGCAGGAUUUGACGCUUGUGAUGGUACCGGAGGACAAGUUUUUAGUUCAGGAGACGACAAAGUAACACUUGUACAAGGAACACAGUACUUCAUUUGUACCAUCGGGCCACAUUGUUCUAAUGGCGUUAAGGCUGCUGUCACUGCCAAUUAA